UCAUGUGAGCGGGAUUUAUCUACCUUUUCACAACAUUCACUGAUGCCAAUUCCAUUACUGCAGAAUGGAAAUUCUGUUUGGAUUGCACACCCUGGGGAGCAUAACUUCCAUCGUCCUGCUUAUUCUUCUGAUGUGUAUGUUAUAUUCUCCAAUUAAAAGCUACAUACAUAAAUGGAGGGAGAUGAAACCAAUUCCAGGAAUGGAGCAUGCCUUCCCAUUCAUUGGUAAUGCUUUGCAGUUCAAAGCUAAUGCAGGAGAAUUUUUCAACCAGAUUGUUGAGGGGACUAAUGAAAACAGACACAGGCCUCUCGUGAAGGUCUGGGUGGGACCCAUCCCCUUCCUUGUUUUAUUUCAUGCAGAGACAAUUGAGGCGGUCCUCAGCAAUUCCAAGCAUCUAGAUAAAUCUUAUCCCUACAGAUUUCUGCACCCUUGGCUUGGCACAGGUUUACUCACCAGUACGGGAGACAAGUGGCGCAGUCGACGCAAAAUGCUGACCCCGACAUUUCACUUUUCUAUUCUCACUGACUUCCUGGAGGUUAUGAAUGAGCAGAGUGAUAUUUUGACCCAGAAGAUGCUGAAACAUGUAGGCGGAGAACCAUUUAACUGCUUCAGCUACAUUACACUCUGUGCCUUGGACAUUAUAUGCGAAACCGCAAUGGGCAAAAGUAUCUAUGCACAGAGUAAUGCUGACUCUGAAUAUGUCCAGACGGUGUAUAAGAUGAGUGACAUCAUCACUCGGAGACAGAGAGCACCGUGGUGGUGGCCUGACUGGAUUUAUAAUGUGUUAGGAGAGGGUAAAGAGCAUGCAAAGAGACUCAAGAUUUUACACUCCUUCACUGCAGGUGUGAUCAAAGAGAGAGCAGAGCAAUCGAGUGAAGGAUCUGACAAUGAUUCAGACCGUUGCCUAAGAAAGAGAAGGGCCUUCUUGGACAUGCUGUUAAAAACCAAAGAUGAUGCUGGUGCUGUGCUGAGCCACGAGGACAUUCAGGAGGAAGUGGACACCUUCAUGUUUGAGGGGCACGACACCACAGCAGCUUCCAUGAACUGGGCCUUACAUCUGAUCGGCUCUCAUCCAGAAGUCCAGAAGAAAGUACAGGCAGAGCUGCAGGAGGUGUUUGGUUCAUCACAGCGCCAUGUGGGAGUGGAGGAUCUAAAAAGACUGCGCUACCUGGAGUGUGUGAUCAAGGAGAGUCUGCGAAUCUUCCCUGCAGUGCCGCUGUUUGCGCGUAGCAUCUGUGAGGAUUGUACAAUAAAUGGUUUCAAAGUUCCAGAAGGAGUAAAUGCUGUGAUCAUCCCAUACGCUCUCCAUCGUGAUCCUCGUUUCUUUCCGGAGCCUGAGGAGUUUAGACCAGAGCGCUUCCUUCCAGAGAACAGCACAGGAAGACACCCGUAUGCAUACAUCCCGUUCUCCGCUGGUGCUCGAAACUGCAUUGGCCAGCGAUUUGCUAUGAUGGAAGAGAAGGUAGUUCUUGCCACAGUGUUACGUCACUUUGAAGUGCAGGCGUGUCAGAGUCGUGAAGAGCUGAGACCCCUGGGGGAGCUCAUCCUCCGUCCAGAGAAGGGCAUUUGGAUCCAACUAGACAAGAGGGCCAACUAAACCCGAGUCACGUCUUGCAUGCAAUGUAUGUAGUUCUUCAGGUAUGGGGCAGAGAGAUUUUGGCUGUCAUUUGUGGUACAUUACAGUCAGCACACACACAUGCAUGGCAUAGGAAUUCUCUUGUACUCAAACUGUAGACUUUGAGACACUACUUUGUGUGUUCCAGUGCAUCCAGUAGAAACCUACAGUUUUCCAUGCUUUAAAUAUCAUACAGUGAGGGAUAUUUGCUCUUUUCUGUAGCACACUGUAUAUACAUUAGUUAACAAGAUAUUUAAAAAAAAAAAUAAAAACAAACUGCAUCAAUAA